AUGCGGGUUAUACAUCGCUUUUUGGCCUUUUUCAUUCUGGCUGUGACUUCAGCCACGAUUCUGGAGAAUGGUCAAGUGAGAGAGAAUCCAUAUCCUGGACAGGUGUCUGCCAUCGCUUUGGACAAUUCAUGGAAUACCUAUCAGCCGGAUGCCCCGGAGAUUUCCUACAAAGGGCGAUGGGACAGCAAGCACGUUUCCUGGUGGUCCGCACCAGGACUUAAAGUUGAAUUUUCCGGGGACAAGCUGGCUCUCAGCUUUGGCCAAAGCACCACCCCUGGUGUGUUGGUCGCUUAUCGUGUCGGUUCUCUUGAUUGGCAGUUUUCCAACGUCACUGCCGACUCCACAUAUCAGUUUGUCGGCCCAUGGUCAGAGCUGAAUGAUGGCGAGGAAAUUCCAGAGAAGAAUGUGUUUGAGAUGCGAGUCCAAAUCGCUGGCGUUGCUGUUGCUAGCGAUGCUGUUCUAUCAAAGCCUCCGACUUUUGAAAAGCGAAUCGAGAUCAUCGGCGGAUCACUUGCAUCUGGUCAAUUUGCAACUUAUGAAACCCUCUCCUCUUGGUCUUUCCUCUUUGCAAAUGGCCUGGGGAACGUCGAAUAUGGAAUAACAGCAUACCCUGGUGUCUGCCUUGCCGAUCUUCAAUGCUACGGCGGUGGUACUCAUGGCGUGCAAUGGUUCUGGCACCACGCCUCUGACCCCGGCUCCCGUGCCUCUGCAGCAUACGGCCAUGAGCCUGAAGAUUGGGAUGUCGGCGCAGAGCAGCCUGCCGACUUGGUGAUUAUUCAAAUGGGUGGCAAUGAUCAUCGCCAUCCCAACGAUAUCCCCGGUAGAAACUACUACCACGCCUAUGUCGAGCUGGUGGAUGAUAUUCACUCAGUCUGGCCUCACGCUGUGGUAAUCUUAAUGUCUCAAUGGGGCACAUUCACCAAGAACAACAAAAAAUAUGUUGGCUCCACAUACUAUCUUGAAGAAACCAAACAGGUCCACGAACACUUCAAGGACCGCGGUUUCGUCUACUACUUCCCCACCGAGGGUAUUCUAGCGCACAACGACAUCAACCCCAAAAACCAUCUGACUGAUGUCGGCCAUGUCAAAAUUGCCAGCCACCUGCUUCAGUGGGUAAAGUUGGUCCUCAAGUGGAAACUUGAGCCCACAGGUGAAGUUCAGUCUGGAACCACUUAUUGGAAUGAUCAGCAGGAGUAUUGA